CGGAACUUCCUUCUCCGGACGAUCUAAAGUCUCCUUCCAUUCGCUUAUAGCCAAUUGCUCGCAAUUAGAACCUGAUUUCGAGCAUAUCACUGAUUCUUUUUAAAAUAUCAAAUGUGGUGGAAAAUUGUUACAGUUAGUGAGAGGUGGCAGAGAAGAAUAUUAAUGGAAGAAGUGUGUCUUGCCUAAUGUUGGAGUUUCAAGAUUUGAGGUUUCGUUUUUGAAGAAAGGAGUAUGAAUCAUGUUGUUAAGGAAUAUUUUAAAUUGUGUAAUUGUACAUAGUUAAUCACUAAAGAGUUGCAAAAAAUAUCAUCGGUGCAAUUGUAGUAUCACGAAACAAUGUUGAGGAGAAUGUUUUCAUGCCUUAAAUGAAUUUGGUACUAUUUGAUCCUGAAUUGCUCUUGAAGUUUCAAAGAAAACCAUUUGUAAUAUGUGUCAGUUUCCUUUCUCGCAGCCAUGAUUGUUUCUGAUUCCGAUUCGGCCACCCCAUCGUCCAAUUCUCGCCAAGCCGAUCACUCGGCCUCUGGUCGUAACCCCAGCCACACUCAAUUGCCUCAGCCGUCGCCGUCGGCCGUGCCUGGCCAAAAGCGGCGCCGAUUGAGGAAGCAAUUUCCUUCCUCAACCCCGGUAGAUGAGGGCUCGAGGGUUAAGUUGGACGAAAACAUCAUGGCGCUGUGCCAUUGCCAGAUUAGUGACCGGGGGUUCGCCGAUGCUACUGAUAUGGUUGGACCCUCCAUCGAGGUCUUGAGACCUACCAGUACCCAAACCGCCCUAGACGCUCCUUCAGGGUUCUUCACAGUUCAUCUGGCUUCUCUGAAGAAGGGGCUGCGCUUCCCACUCCAUCCGUUGUUGAUCGAAUUCCUCAAUGUGGUGGACCUCCUUCCUUGCCAACUGGUCCCCAACUCUCACCGGUACAUCACCGGUUACCAGAGGUCCAGUAAACUCUUCGCCAGUGACAAGAAGGGGUCAACCAAGGACUGGAAGCCUUUCUUUGUUUUUGUCUCGACGGGGCCCGAAUCUCCUUUCACAGGUUCAGGGCGCCCCUCCUUCCGUCGCAUCCCAUGCCCCCCGUCGGAUGCCACCCUUUUGUCCAUCACCCGUCAAGUCUGCAAUAAGGGAGUCAUGAACAUCAAAGAGGUUGUGACAGAGGAAUCCCUUGCCGGGUUGGGGUUUGAGUUCGUCCAGGAUGAACUCCGUCACCAACCCAACCUGCUGAGGGACAUUCCCGGGGUUGAAUUACAAGAUUUAGGAGAAGAGAUGGACGGCGAUCUUCUGCUCAGUCACUUCACAGCAGGGAGGAAGAGGAAGAGAGAGGCGAAGGGCCAAUGCAAGCGCUCUUCCUCCCACCGAGAGGAAAGUCCUCCUCGAGAGCCAGCUGUAAUCGUGGUGGAGGACCAGGAUGAUGCUGCCCUGGAAACGGGUGCAAUGGCGGGCCAUUCUCCUCCGCACUCUUUGAUGCCAGGUGGCGAUCUCGCUGGGUCGUCCCAGGGUGUUGCCUCGGAGCGACCUCCUUCAUCGCCCGCAGUAACCUACGAGGUGGCGACCGGGGGUCAUUCGACGAGGCUCUGCAUUCCUCCUCUGCCCCAAAGUCUAGGGGACGUGCAGCUGGAGACUCUGAUCACUCUGCCCGCAGAAGACCAGGCUCGCAUCUCGGCCGGUUCUGAGGACGACCUUGACAACAUGGCUACGCUGGGGAUGAUUGAGGUUGUCGGUAGGAAACGGGGCCGCCAGGCGGCCUUGGGUGAGGCGUUGAAAGCAGCGGAGGCCAAGCAGAAGGAAUUGCAGGAAGAGGUCGCUCGCCUCACAAGGGAGUUGGAGGAGCGGGAGAGUCGCUGCGCUGCUCUCGUGGUGGAGAAAGCCUCCCAAGAGGACCGCUGCGUCGCUCUUGAGGCAGAUAAGGCCUCAUUGUCCUCGGAGGUAGAAUCUGUCUCUGCUCGCGUGGUCGAGUUAGAAGGGGAGAAAUAUGACCUGAUCUAGCAGUUGGAGAUGGAGAGGAGCGACCGAGUGCGCCAUGCGGAGGAGGCGAUUGAGUCCUUCAAGUCCUCCCCUGACUUCACGACGGAUGGGCACGCUGAUAGCCGAAUGGCUCAAAACUAAACCUGGGGCUCAAUGAAUGGUCAAUGAGGGA